AUGGCUAUCACAACACAAACGGCAUUGUUGGUCGAGAAGUCCCUAAUUGAAGGCAAAUGGCGCUCUGAGAUAGACGAAUUUACCGCUCAACUGCCCAUUGAACUUGCUCAUCUAGUUGUGGACGGAAAAUUCUCCCAGGUCCUCGAGCACAAAGAAGGCAGGCGAUUCUUUCAGUCUCCCUCGUCCCUGAAUUCUUCGCGGUCGGGACGUAUUAACGACCUCUUGAGCCCUUUCGCACAAGGCCUAGAGGCAGAGUUGACUCGAUUAGCUGUCGCCGUCGCUUGCUUGCAUUCCUUCAUACAAGUGAAUUGGACUGGGCCGGCGCUAGACAUCAAGCCGGUUGAGCUGUUGUCGGACAACUCUGCCCUUACCGAAGAGGAUCUGAACCGUCAAUCUAUUGAGGAACUUUGCUACGGAAGCGAACCAGCAUACCAUCUGGCUCAAGUUCCCACUUUAUUUCGUCUGGCCCAACUUUUGCUAGAACAACCUUACGAUCACAUAACCACGAUUGACUGGUGGCGCCUCAGAGCAUCUUCGUUGCAUCAGCAUCUCCUAGACGAGCCUGUGGCGUUCCCGACAAAUAUCCUCCCGCACGUAGAUCAACUGAUAAAGCAUCUCGAUGGAGAGCCGGAUCUUCAGGGUCGUCUUUGGAUCGAACGUGGGAUCGCACAUCAUUUGGUCGGCAGUGAUACCAUCGCUGGCGAGAACUUCAUUAAUGCUGCUCGUGCUACUGGGCUGCAGUACGAAGUAUCAGGCGCGUUGGGCAGAAGAACCAAAUUCCAGCACGAUGCUGUUACUCAACUGGUGCUCCUUGCAGAAAGUCGAAAACGAAACGAUACCGUGAUCGAUGCGACAUCAAACGACGAAGAAAAGCCGGCGGUUUCAGAAAAACCAAUGCAGGCAGAGCAAAAGAAAGACAUGCCCGAGGCACUUCUAUUGAAUGACGACACUCUUCUAGAGCAUACAAAGUUUACCGCAUCCUCUGCAAGUGCAGGUGCUUUGUCACACAUCGAUCCUCAAGCGCAACCCGCUCUCGAUCCGUUGGAUCAGUGUAUUUUGCUUUCCCUUUGUCUGAACGUGAAGAACACAUCACCCGUCCACGGCCUCACAUCUGAGCAGAUGUAUGCGUACGUCGCACGCGUAUUAUCCCACCCGAAGAACUGGACCGUCUAUACCAUGGCUCUCCUUCUCCGAUCCCGGCUUGAAGCGAAGCGAACGCGCACCGUUGAACGCUCCACAUUCCAGCUACAGGCACUCAUAGACCAGAUGCCGACAUCAGACUCGACACUCUCCGAGCGGCUGCUGUAUUUCCAUUCGCUGAUCCUGCCCAGCAAGUGGGAGAUGGAGCGCGAGCUUGCAGUGCGAUACCUCUCCCUCGGCGUUGUUCGUUCUGCUCUGGACAUCUUCGAGCGCCUCGAGAUGUGGGAGGAGACGGUUCAGUGCUGGCAGUCACUCGAAAAGCCGGAGAAGGGGAUCGCGAUUGUGCGUGACCUGCUGGAAGGGAGGAAGCAGGAGGCGGACGUUGUGUUGCAGAGGGGGAAGACGACGCUCGAGCCGCAAAGGCCGAAGCUAGACAAGGCGAGAGAGGCUAAGCUCUGGUGCCUGCUCGGCGAUUUGGAGAAGGACAAGGCACUCGAGCACUAUGAACGUGCAUGGGAGGUCUCCGGAGGAUCGUCAGCCCGUUCGGCCCGAUCCCUCGGAGGGUACCAUUUCGCGCAAGGAAACUUCAAGAAGGCGAUACCAUACCUGCGGCGGGCGACGCAGAUCAACCCGUUGUACAGCAGGACAUGGUUCGUGCUUGGUUGCACCUAUAUCCGGACAGAGGAAUGGGUCGAGGCGAAGAUGUGCUUUUUGCGAUGCGUUGAGAUCGAUCAAGAGGAUGCGGAGAGCUGGAGCAACUUGGCUAGCAUGUACCUUAGGAUGGGCGAGGCGGGAGAGAAGGUAGAGCUAGGGAGUGAGGAUGUCCCUGCAGAGGGCGAGGAGGAACCAAAACCGGAAGACAAAGAGGCUUUAGCUGGCGCCAUCCCGUUCAGUAACAAGCUGCUUGCCUUCCGAGCGCUCAAGCAAGGUCUGAGAUUCUCGUACGAGAACUGGCGCAUGUGGAAUAACCACAUGAUCGUCGCUGUGGACGUGGGCGAGCUGGCAGAGGCUUGCCGUGCUCUCGGCCGGGUGGUGGAAGAGCGUGCGGAGAGGGAUGGGGAGUCAUGCGUCGAUAUGGCGGUCUUGGAAAGGUUGGUGAACGCUGUCACCCGCGUGGCGAACAACACCGUCGAUGGUGAGGACGUGCGUGCCGCAAGGCAGAAUCCAAAUGAAGGGCAUGGGCUUAAGCGUCGCGUGACGGACCUGUUUACGCGCAUCGUCCUCCCACGCAUCUCGAAUUCAGCGAGGAUAUGGCGCAUGUGGGCGCGGUUGCUCGUUUGGGAGGGCAAGUGGGGCGAAGCACUCGACGCACAUAUGAAUGCCUACCGCGCUGCUGUGGUCAGCGACGAGCGUGUGGAAGUAGAUUUAGAGAACUGGAAGGAGGCGGUAGGCGAAGUAGAGGAGAUUGUAGAGCUGAUGCGGAACUUGGGGCCAAGAGCGGCUGAGGAGGGCAAGGGUGGUAUGAAGGACUGGAAGUUCCAGGCGAAGAGCGUCGUCAGGACUUUUAUGGGGAGGACGAAGGCGAACUUUGGGGAUGAGCCUGAGUGGGAGAGACUCACGGAGCUACUGGUGGAGCUGAGGAGGGCGGAGUAGAGAAAUAUAGUAGUGUUGUAUUACAUUUUCAAAUGUUGGAUAGAACAAGUAC